GUGGUACGUUUGUGUCAGAACCCAAAAUUGGCACUGAAGAACAGCCCCCCCUAUAUCCUAGAUCUGCUGCCUGAUACCUACCAGCAUCUCCGAACCAUCCUGUCGCGCUACGAGGGGAAGAUGGAGACCCUAGGGGAAAAUGAGUAUUUCCGUGUCUUCAUGGAGAACCUGAUGAAGAAAACAAAGCAGACCAUCAGCCUUUUCAAGGAAGGGAAGGAAAGGAUGUAUGAGGAGAACUCCCAGCCCAGGCGUAACCUGACAAAGUUAUCCCUGAUAUUCAGCCAUAUGCUGGCAGAACUCAAAGGUAUUUUCCCAAGUGGCCUGUUCCAGGGAGACACGUUCCGGAUCACCAAAGCAGAUGCUGCAGAAUUUUGGAGAAAGGCUUUUGGUGAAAAGACCAUCGUUCCUUGGAAGAGCUUCCGUCAGGCCUUGCAUGAAGUGCAUCCAAUCAGUUCAGGGCUGGAAGCCAUGGCCCUGAAGUCAACUAUUGACCUGACAUGCAAUGACUACAUUUCAGUAUUUGAGUUUGAUAUCUUCACACGGCUUUUUCAGCCAUGGUCCUCUUUGCUCAGGAACUGGAACAGCCUAGCAGUGACUCACCCUGGUUAUAUGGCAUUCCUAACCUAUGAUGAGGUGAAGGCCCGGCUUCAGAAAUUCAUUCACAAACCUGGCAGUUAUAUUUUUCGACUGAGCUGUACACGUCUGGGCCAGUGGGCCAUUGGCUAUGUCACUGCAGAUGGGAACAUUCUUCAGACAAUCCCCCACAACAAACCUCUUUUCCAAGCACUGAUUGAUGGCUUCAGGGAAGGCUUUUAUUUAUUUCCUGAUGGCCGGAAUCAGAAUCCUGACUUGACUGGCUUGUGUGAGCCCACACCUCAGGACCACAUUAAAGUUACACAGGAACAAUAUGAAUUGUACUGCGAGAUGGGCUCCACGUUUCAGCUGUGUAAAAUAUGUGCUGAAAACGACAAGGAUGUGAAGAUUGAGCCCUGUGGGCAUCUGAUGUGCACGUCCUGUCUCACUGCCUGGCAGGAAUCAGAAGGCCAGGGCUGCCCUUUCUGUCGCUGUGAGAUCAAAGGCACAGAGCCAAUUGUAGUGGACCCCUUCGACCCCAGAGGAGGAGGAGGGUUAUCCAGACAAGGGGCAGAAGGAACUCCCUCACCCAAUUAUGAUGAUGACGACGACGACAGAGCUGAUGAUUCCCUCUUCAUGAUGAAAGAACUCGCUGGUACCAAAGUUGAGCGUCCUCCUUCUCCCUUCUCAGUAGCUCCACAGGCCACCCUUCCUCCUGUGCCACCCCGACUGGACCUUCUGCAGCAGAGAGUGUCCAAUCCUCCUGGGGCUUCCAGUCCUGGCACCACUUCAAAGGCUGCACCUGGUGCUCUUCACAAGGACAAACCUUUGCCCAUCCCACCCACGCUGAGAGACCUCCCUCCACCCCCACCCCCGGACAGGCCCCAUCCCAUCGGGACUGAAGGUCGCCCUCAGAGACGUCCCCUGCCCUGCACCCCAGGAGAUUGUCCUGCCAGGGACAAGCCCCCCCCCGUGCCCUCCAACCGCCAGGCGGAUCUGUGGCCAUCCAGGCCGGUGCCCAAGGCCCCAGCUGUAGCUCUCAGCCCCGGGGACCCUUGGGCUGGGAGAGAACUGUCCAACAGGCACUCGCUUCCCUUUUCCUUGCCCUCUCAGAUGGACUCCAGGGCUGAGAGCCAUCUGCUUGGGAGCACGCUCAGCCUGGACAACCCAGUGAGCUUGAACAGCGGUCCACCGACAACCUCAGAGUGUGAACACCCCAAAAUUAAACCCUCUUCAUCUGCCAAUGCCAUCUACUCCUUAGCUGCCAGACCACUGCCUGUACCCAAACUGCCUCCUGGGGACCAGUCUGAAAGCGAUGAAGACACUGAGUACAUGUCACCAUCCUCUCUGCCUGUGGUGCCUCCAGGUCCUGCUGUACAAAAACCAGAGCUCAAAAUGCCUUUGGAAAUGACCCAGAGUUUACGAGUUUUAGACUGCGACCAGCAGACGGAUGGCUGCAUGUAUGAAGCAAUGUACAACAUUCACUCCCAAGUAGCAUCUUCUGCUUUUGAGUCUGUCAACACUUCUGAUGAAGGGGACCUGGCAGCAGCAGCAGCCACUGCCAGCAAUGGCCCUGAAGAGUCAGAAAAUGAAGAAGAUGGCUAUGAUGUCCCCAAACCACCACUCCCCGUUGCCAUUGCCCGUCGCACACUGUCUGAUAUCUCCAAUGCCACGCCUGCCUUCAGCAGAAUGUCCUUGGAAAAUGACCCUGUGACAGGUUUUUCAGAUGGCUCUCAAGUUCCAGAAAGGCCGCCGAAGCCGCUGCCACGGAGGAUCAAUUCCGAGCGGAAAGCAGGGAGCUGCCAAACAGGAGGAGCCAGCAGUGGGACCAGUGCCUCACUGCAGCUCUCCAGCGAGAUCGAGAACCUCAUGAGCCAAGGCUACUCAUAUCAGGACAUUCAGAAAGCACUGGUCAUUGCACAUAACAAUAUUGAAAUGGCCAAGAAUAUUCUCCGUGAGUUUGUUUCCAUUUCCUCCCCGGCGCACGUGGCCACAUAGCACAUUACCUCCACACCUACAGCUUCUGUGGACCAACUGCCUGGGCAGCCGUAAGCCCAGCUGCACACCAAAAGGGGAAGGGGGUUCCUUUAGAGACUUCGUGCUGAGGUCAGUCCUGCCUCUUCAGAGAAUCAGUUAUCAGGUUUCUGUGGUUCCAGAUUUCAAAGCGGUGGAAGGAAAACGGAGCAGAAUGGUGUUUUAUACAGUGUGUGUCUUGGAGUCCUUUACCCCUACCUCUUGUUUGAGAGAACAGAUUUAUUUCCAGGGCCUUGGUAGAGAAAGGUAUCACAACAAGGGAUCCCCGAGCUGAUGCCCUGGAGGCUGGGGGGAGUGUUUUGUGCUGUGAAUUCUAAGUGAAUGCUCUGAGAAGCAAAGUCUCGAGGUCGGUGUGGUGUGUCCUGUGGUUCAUGGUACUAGGUUUGGAUCUGUUCGCUGCUAUGUGUCUGGCUCAGGCUUUUUAGAGCAGCUCAGAGGCCACUUUCUGCUGGGAAUAAAGAGGAGACCUUGGAAGGAUCUUUUGAUUGCUUCCUGUUUGCCAUGGCAUUUCCCUCUUGCCUGUAAGAAUAG